AUGGAUGUAACUAUCAACGCCUUAAGCCGCUUCUUCGCAAACUCUUCCUUCAUUCUUUGGUAUUUAGGUGUGAAAAUGGCAGGAAAAGGUGGGAAGGGACUCUUGGCCGGAAAAACAACGGCGGCAGCUGCAGCUGCAGCUAACAAAGACAAAGACAAGAAGAGACCAACUUCCCGAUCAUCUCGAGCUGGUCUUCAGUUUCCAGUUGGAAGAAUCCACCGCCACCUCAAAACAAGGACAUCUGCAAACGGAAGAGUUGGAGCAACAGCUGCAGUCUACUCAGCAGCCAUACUUGAAUACCUAACAGCUGAAGUACUUGAGUUGGCUGGAAAUGCCAGCAAGGAUUUGAAGGUGAAGAGGAUCACGCCACGUCAUCUGCAGCUUGCUAUUCGUGGUGAUGAAGAACUUGACACACUAAUCAAAGGCACCAUUGCUGGAGGUGGUGUCAUCCCUCACAUUCACAAGUCUCUUAUCAACAAAACCACAAAGGAAUGAACACCCAUCACUCAUCCUUAAACUACAUUUGUUUUAGAUGUUUUUUUUCAUGGAUCUUAAUCAAAACUUUGUUUAAAUUGUUGACUGUGUAGUUGGUGUGUUUGUAAUUUGUGCCAAGGGUGUAUGUAGUAUGCCUUUGAACUGUAGACUGUAGGAUUGGACAUGGUAUGGCUUUUUAAUUUGUGUAACUUAUAUAAAACCAGUUGUUAUUUUGUUGUCA